AUGGUAGAGAGAGCAUUUACUAACAUUUUACCCCAGGCAGGACCCUCAAAUAAGAUCUAGAUAUCGAUAUCUUGCCGAAACUUAGCAGAUAUGGAUCUACUUUCAAAAUCAGAUCCAGAGGUCCACGUCUACAUAAAAGAUUCCAAAUCUAAGAACUUUUCCUUUAUUGGAAAAACUGAAAUGAUAUUGAACAAUUUAAACCCUGAUUUUACCAAGACAUUCAUCUUAGACUAUUACUUCGAAAAAGAAUAACUCAUAAAGUUUGAGGUGCAUGACAUUGAUGUUAAUGGAAGCGACCAUAUUGGAAACUGCGAAACCACGAUUUCCAGAAUUAUGUCAGCUCAGAGGUAGACUUUUAUCAGCGAUUUAAAGCUUCCUGGUAAAGAAAGAACUCGUGGCAAAAUUAUCAUAAGGGCUGACUCUGUUGCUUAGUCAAAUAACGAAAUUGCAUUUAGCGUCUCCGCAAGACUAACAAGCAAGGGCGGUAUGUGCUGUGGAUCAGAUAACCCUUAUGUACUAAUAUCUAGAGCAAGAUCAUCAUAGUCAGGAAAUGAAAAUGAUUUCAUCAGAGUAUUCCAAACAUCUUCCAUACUUGGUACUCAUAACCCUGUUUGGUAACCUCAGAAACUCAAGAUGCAGGUAUUCUGUAACUCAGAUGACAUGCUACCAAUAAAAAUAUCUGUGAACUAAUAUCAAAUGCAUGGCACACAUCCCCUCUAUGGAGAAUUUGUUACAACAGUUAGAGAGCUUUCAGAAAGUUAGAGCAAAGAGUUUUAACUAUUGGAUUCAAGAGGAAGAAGAACUGGAGUAUUCAAGUUUGAUAGAUUUAAUCUCAUUGAAAGACCUUCCUUUGUAGAUUACUUGAGAUCUGGCUGGUUUAUAAAUAUGUCUGUAGCAAUAGAUUUCACAGCUUCCAAUGGUGAGAGUUUCGAGCCAAACUCACUGCAUAGAAUAGAUCCCAAUGGUGUCUUUCUUAACUAGUAUCAAUCAGCCAUUCAGUCAGUUGGCUAAGUUCUUGAGCCCUAUGCUUUCUAAUCUAAAUUCGCUGUCUUUGGAUUCGGUGGAGUUCCUAGAUACACAGGAGCUACAGCUGUUUCUCAUUGCUUCAACUUGACUGGAACUUAAGACCCUACAGUUGAUGGUCUUGUUAAUAUGUUUAAUCUUUACAAAACAGCUUUACACGGUACAUCUCUCAGUGGCCCCACAUAUUUUUCCUAAGUUUUAAAAGUAGUUUUGGAUUACAUGAAGGCAACUAUGCAUCUUCAAAUGUACCAUAUUUUGCUGAUAAUAACUGAUGGGGCGAUUCAUGAUAUGAAAGACACUAAAGAUCUAAUUGUUGAGUGUUCCUUGUUCCCUCUCAGUAUCAUUAUUGUCGGUGUUGGCAAUGCAGAUUUUGCCAAUAUGGUUGAACUUGAUGGAGAUGACGUUAUUCUUAAAAAUUCAAAGGGAUAAGCUGCUGCAAGGGACAUUGUUCAGUUUGUGAAGUAUUCUGAUUUUAUGAAUGGAGAUAUAAGUAUCUUGGCAGAGGAAGUAUUAAGAGAGGUCCCUGAUCAAAUAGUUGGCUAUAUGCUAUCAAAGAACAUCUAGCCCAACCCAACACCUUUAAUGUCGCAGAAAACUAUAAAUUAGAAUUCGAUGAUGAUAUGA